UCUCUGUCUUAAUAGGUGAAAAAGGUACACCCGGAUGCCAAUCUAAAAUUACCAGGAAAAAAAAUCUUUGGAAAUUUAGAUCCUGAUUUCAUACGGCAGCGAAGGGAUGGCUUGGAUGAUUUCAUACAGAAAUUAGUGACACACCCAAAACUUUCUCUUCACCCAGACGUCCGGGCUUUUCUAUCACUGGACAAUUCCAGAAAUGCUCAAGAAACUGUUGAUACUGAGAAUUUUUACGAUUCCGAUCCUAUCAUGAAUGGUAAAGAUAGUAAUCCAGUGAAUCUUGGUCCCAGUGAGAAGCCAAGUGUCAGACCAAGUGAUUUUGAAUUUUUGAAAGUUAUUGGCAAAGGUAGUUUUGGAAAGGUGCUCCUAGCACGCCACAGAACAGAAGGUAAAAUCUAUGCCAUCAAAGUACUACAGAAGAAGGCUGUGAUGAAACGGAAUGAAGUACGACAUAUCAUGUCAGAGAGAAAUGUUCUUGUACAGAAUGUCAAACAUCCUUUCCUUGUGGGGCUCCAUUAUUCUUUCCAAACGCCGGACAAACUUUACUUUGUACUGGACUAUGUCAAUGGUGGAGAGCUCUUUUUCCAUUUACAACGCGAACGUUUCUUUCCUGAACCGAGAGCUCAGUUCUACGCUGCAGAAAUGGCGAGUGCUCUUGGAUAUCUUCACUCCUUAAAUAUCAUUUACAGAGAUCUCAAGCCUGAAAAUAUCUUAUUGGAUUCUCAGGGUCAUGUUGUUUUGACAGAUUUUGGUUUAUGUAAGGAAGGAAUCGAAGGUAUGGGAACCACCACUACGUUUUGCGGAACUCCCGAGUACCUUGCUCCUGAGGUCUUGCGGAAACAACCAUAUGACAGAACUGUUGACUGGUGGUGCUUAGGAGCUGUUCUCUACGAAAUGUUGUUUGGAUUGCCACCUUUUUACAGUCGAGACACAGCAGAGAUGUACGACAACAUUCUUCAUCAGCCCCUACGGAUACGUAACAAUAUCUCUCAGUCUGCCAGAUCUAUAUUAGAAGGAUUACUUCAAAAAGAGAAAGAAAACAGGCUUGGCGCCAAAAAAGAUUUCCAGGAAAUCAAAAGCCAGAAUUUCUUUGCUGAUAUCAGAUGGAAUGAUUUAUACUCAAAAUGUAUAGACCCACCUUAUAACCCAAAUGUGAGCGGCCAAUUGGAUUUGAAGAAUUUUGACCCAGAAUUUGUAAAAGAACCAAUACCUGGGUCCGUAGGGAAGUCAGCUGAAGGCAACAAGUUGAUUAGUGCAAGUGUCCGAGAAGCAGACGGUGUGUUCGAGGGGUUUUCAUAUGUUCCUCCUGCUGAGGAUGCAUUCAACUAAGGACAGGAAUGGUGUCCCGCAACGACCUGGAGACUGGAACUACACUGCUUCACUGAAGAAGGAGUACAGAAAGAAAGAAUAAAUAAAAGAAUGAAUGAAAAAAAAAAAACAAACAAGAAAAUACCAAUGGAAUCUGAUUGCUAUGGGUCUAUGAUUUUCAUUGGUGUUGUCUGACUGAAGACUACUGUGUAUGAAAAUGUCUACAGUUUGGUCUGUAACAUAUCUAACAUGUAUAUUUUCAGACGAACACAGAUUGCAAGAAAGCUGACCAACUGCUCUUCGUCGAUUGCUCAUAUGCACGCACACUCUAUACACACAUCCAAACACACUCUUCACACACACACACACACACAUUCCCACACAUUCACAUGUGCAUACACAUACACACAUACAUCAAUUUCCAUUCCAAUCUGCUCAAAUUCCUGUUGUUACUUUCCUCUAGAAGAAUGAUGAAAGUGAUGUUAAGAUUUUUGUUGGGUUUUUUUUUUUAAUUAUUAAAAAAAAAUAUAAUGAGUGGGAACAAAAGAUUAAAAAAAAAUAAAUAAAUGAAGAUGAAAUUACCUCAAUGAUUUCCAAAGACAUAUUCUUCAAGAAAACUCCAAAAUUCUACUGCAGAAUAUAAUGUGUCAUUGCGUUAUCUCACAUUUUGGCUGUGGUUGUGAAAUUCCAGAUUUUUUUUUUUUUUAUAUGGAAGGAUUUUUUUGUUACUUUUUACUUUUGUUUUUUUUUUUAUGUUCUUUGAUAUUCCACUCCAUCCCCUUUUACCGUUCUACAUUUCCUCUGUGUGCGUAUGUAUAACAUAUAUGUGCAUAUUUACAUGUGUGUAUGUAUGUAUAUAAAAUUUAAUAACAAUCAAACAAGCAAAGUAGGUCACAUUACUCUGGGUUUCGCGUGAGGCUGAUAGACAUGUGAUGUACAGUUGUUAGAUGCACCCGUUUUGGAUGCAGGAUGCACACUGCAUAAAUGGUUGCAGAAUAAGUUGUCAUAUAUAUAUAUAGUGUGUGUGUGUACACAUCUGUAUAUAUCUAUGUAUGUGUAUAACAUAUAUAUAUAAAAAGAGGGAGAGAGAGGGAGGAGGUAGAGAUGCUCACCUGUACACUUUGUCAUUAAGAUUCUUUAGAAAGACUCACAUAUAAGUCUGAAGCUUUUACAUUACAUAAAUCUAUAGUUUAUUUUAAUGUGAGAUUGUGAUACAUAUACACAUACAUACACCUGCAUAUACAAACAUAGUGAUCCUGGGUUGGGGACAUCAAAAGUAAAGACAGCUCUUAUAUGUUGGGAAGAUUAUUUUCAAUACAGAAUAAUAUAGUAAAAAUCCUAGAACAGAAAAAGUAACAAUUAGUUUCAGAUUGGAAAUUUUCUUCAAAACAUAUUACUGAAAUUAUUUUGCAACCUUCAUCAAGCCACAAAAAUCAGUCCAAGUUGAUCCAGGAUUUUACAUAUCAUUUCUCAUUUCCUGAUAACCAUAAUGGUUAUUUUGAAAGACUGUGGUUCAAAAUGGAAUGGUUUUGUGACUUGAUGAAGGUCCAAAAUAUUUUCUGUAAGAGUUUCUGAAAAAUUUUGGAUGUGAAACAAGUUGUUGCUUUCUUCCCAUUCAAUGAUUUUAAUAUAGUUUUCUGAAUCAAUCACACACAGAGGAGUGUGUGUGUUUAUGUGUAUAUAUGUGUGUGUAUGUAUGUAUAUAUA